AUGAGCGAGCCGCUCGCUCUAAAUGCAAGUAUAGUGCGUACGAGUACCGUUGAGUACGGUAGUCCACAUUACACCGCACUGCUUGCCUAGACGCGGGUGCUUCAGUUUGAUGCUCAAGAGAAGCUAUAGUAGAGCAUGUGGUUAUCAUGUACCGUACUAACACCGUCAACAGUUGCAUUCUAAGGGAACAAAAAUUCAUAGAUUUUGCUUGGUGUCGAAAUAUCGUAAUUUUGCAUCUUAGUACAGGCCGAUGAACAACCAAAAUCCUACCCUGUUUCCUACGCGGCAAGCCACGCCGGAAGUCCGGGUGAGCUUUACCAUUUCCCGCAACAGCUUACGUACACACCAGACCGAAGAGAACCUACCGGAUGAGAAGGGGAUUCUGCGCCGAUUUAGAAUAUGCACUCACGAAACCAACUUGAUCGUUCCCAGCCAGGAGGGGUACAAAGAGAUCCCUGCCGGGUUAUGGAAAUUUUCCAUACACGAAUGUGCGAUACGCGAAAUUGGAUCGAAAGUAUAUCACGGCAAGGAAACUAAUGUUUCGCUGAUACUGUGCGCCACCCCACUGGAGGAACGUCAAAUUAAAUCACCUGGCUUUUCCGAUUUCCUGCUUGACUUUUUUAUGAGUGGAUCGGAUGCCGGCAAAAUUAUGAAAGGAUCAGCCACUCUAAAUAACCAGACAUUCCAAUGCACGCCCAUUAAAAUACCUCACAUCGGUUACUUUUCCCAUAAGGAUGCACUUCCCACCGACGCAUGGAAUCUCGAAAUGGUUUUCCAUAUCGGUUCCUUGGCGAAAAACACCAUGUCCAAACAGCUAGGCAACAUUCUGCGGUCGGCGACCUUUACCGACUGUACUCUGGUGUCCGCUGACGAGCGGUCCUUUCCUGCGCAUCGGGUCAUUUUAGCCGCACAGUCGCCGGUGUUUGCCGCCAUGUUCAGUCAUGACACUUUGGAGAAAACGAGUGGUGUCUGUACGAUCGCCGACGUCCGAGGGGAAAUACUGGAUAUUGUGCUGGACUUCCUGUACCGGCAUAUCGUGUUCGAAGGUAUCAAAAAUAACGCCGAAGAAGUUCUGGCGGCGGCGGAUAAAUAUGAUUUAGAUGAUCUGCGUAGUGUGUGCGAAGAUCUUUUAACGGCAGAGUUGCGACAGGAGAACGCUGCACGAUUCCUUCGUAUUGCGGUGAAUUACGGGCUGGAUAAGUUGCUGAAGAAAGCAGCGCGUAUUGUAUCGGCCGAAUAGAUGUACUGUUGUUACUUGAAUUUUGUAAAGUAUACAUAAGUUUGUACUGUACAUAUACAUAAUAAUGAUACGUAUGGAAGCAUAUAUAAUUAUACUGUUUUCAUUCGAGCGCAAAAGAUACGCGGCUCGUACAGACUGUAUAUACUGUACAUGCUUCGA